CAACGCAAAUGUUUCUCUUCCUUUUUAGUUUACUUUUUCUUAUGGUGAGUUUAUAAAAAUCAAAACAAAACACGACAGAAUCAACACCGAAUUGUAAAAUCUAAAACAAACUUUCAAGAACUGUAAUAAUCUAGCAAUUUUCUGUUGCAAAACUAUGUCUGAGUUAGAAGAACUAGAUUGCUGUCGAUUGUGUUUUUCGCAGCAAGACUUAACGGAUGAUCUGUUUCCGGCAAAUGGCCAACCCAAUAAGGUGUUGAUAGAGAUGAUACAGGCGUGUACUUCGAUUCGAAUCACUUUCGAAAAAGAUUUUAACAGUCCAAUCUGUAGCGAUUGCGUGCGUAUGGUAAAACAGUUCCACUCAUACCGUCGGAAAUGUUUGCUCAAUGACAGUGAACUGAAGCAAUCCCGUGGAGAGUCCGACAACUUGGAGGAUUCCGACCCACUGUCAUGUGGGCAAUUUCAGCCUGAAACGGAGUAUGAGUCUCGGGGUCGGUUCCACGAGCGAUUGAAACGCCAAAUUAAGUGCUUCCUGGAAAGACAAACUAAGAAAAUUGAACGAAUGGCGCUAGCGAAACUGAAUUAUGAACUAUUUAACCGUGAAGCGGAUGCCGAUUAUGAACUGGAGUUUGAUAUUUCUGAAACACUCACAAAGCAGGAAGCUAUGAGUGAACAAGACCUGGAUGUUGACUUUCAACCGUCGUGUAGUGAAAAAAGCAAUGUCGACUGGAAGAAAAAGUAUUUAACGCUUCAGAAAAACAAUGAACUUUUACAGAAAGCAUUUCAAGAACAAAAGGAAAGGAUAAAAGCAACCGAACAACUGUUCAAAUCUUCAAUCAGCUCAAUAAACGACUUGAGAUUUAAAGAACACGUCAGCCCGCAGCAGCCAGUUCAGGGAGGAUUUACUGGCCAUGCAGCUAUUCCAGAAAUUUCAGUCGAGUUUCUGCAAAAUAUCAAUCACGAAUCCGGGUCGGGCGAGAAGGGGGACCGUAACUUUGUGAGCAAACUGGCCGUAGCGGUAUUCGGGGAGGAUACACUUGCAAAUUCAAGUGUCACAGGACGACCUUCCAAUGCUCACAACCAUUUACCCCCGAAGCCGCCACUGUGUCCGCAGAAAAUCGCUGCCAUUGGAUUAAAACUUUUCGAACGCGUCCAGCUUGAGGUAGGACCCAUGAACCAGGAAGAGCUACUCACCCGAUCCCACGAGAAGCUAAUCCGGCUGAUCAUCUGUCAAAAGUCUAUGAAUCUGAGAAAACAGUAUGUCAAACGAGGACUUCACCUUGAUGAUCUUGAACCAAGCCCGGAAGCUGGGCGGAAAAAAAUGCGUCGCUAGUGCACCCAUUAUUUUUAAAAUCGUCUAUCGAUAGUACAAGAUUGGUUUAUGCAUUAAAAAUUUUAUGUCAUUUCGAGGAAAACUUUAGCAUUUUGACAUAACACGAAAAACUUCUAUUGGUUUCAUGUUGGUGGAUCGUCACCAUUAGUAACCCAUAUUUGAAAAAUAAUAUUUUUUCUUAGUCCUAAUUUUAUUUUCUAGUUUUAAACAACUUCGCAUGACGUGAAGUAGGUAAAAAUAAAUAAAAAGAUUCUAAUAAAACUGC